GAGCACUUCAUAGAGGUGAUUCAGAACCAGGAGUUUCUCCUGCUUCCUACUGCUGAGAUCGUCAAACUCUUGGCUAGUGACGACAUAAACGUACCAGAUGAGGAGACCAUCUUCCAGGCUCUGAUGACGUGGGUGCGGUUCGACGUGGAGCAUCGCCAGCAGGACCUUGGGGUUCUCCUGGCCUACAUCCGCCUGCCUCUUCUACCUCCACAGCUCCUAGCUGACCUGGAGAACAACACCAUGUUCUCAGAUGACCUGGAAUGCCAGAAGCUUCUAAUGGAAGCCAUGAAGUACCAUCUGCUGCCAGAGCGUCGCCUCAUGUUCCAGAGCCCCAGGACCAAACCCAGGAAGUCCACCGUAGGAGUACUCUACGCUGUGGGAGGCAUGGACGCUACCAAGGGAUCUACGACCAUAGAGAAGUAUGACCUGCGGACCAACACGUGGAUCCAGGUGGGGGUGAUGAACGGCCGGAGGCUGCAGUUCGGGGUGGCAGUGAUCGACGACAAGCUGUACGUGGUGGGGGGCCGAGACGGGCUGAAGACUUCCAACAUGGUGGAGUGUUACAACCCUUUCAACAAUGUCUGGUCCACCAUGCCUCCUAUGUCUACACACAGACACGGACUCG